AUGUUGAACGAACAAGGUGAAACAAUUUUGGGCUGUGAAAAAUAUUUGUAAUGAGGACAUAGGCCAUAACAAAUACUACUAUAAAUUUUAACUCUUAUAAUAAGACGAGCUUGGUAUACAUCCUAUAUACUUUCCAUCCCUGUCGAGGGUUUAGUGUGGAGUUUGGUAUUCUGUUGUGAAAGUUUUGAACAGUUUUCAGGCAAACAUUAUGCAGGAAUCAGUAGAUUUUUAAAGGUGUGUAUCCUUGCCGUGACAAUUUCAGAAAUAACAAAGCACACAUACGUGAUGGCCUUGCUGUUGGUAGCCGUGUAGGAUAAUGUUAUCUAUGAAGUUGCAUAUUCGUUUCAAAACUGGAACACAUGGUGUUAAUAAUGUGAUAUGAGUAAUAUGAUAUUUGAUAAUAUUCUUGGAACUGCAAUUGGUUUGCAUGGCAAAGAUAUGCCAAUAUCUUAUAUAAGUGAUUAUCGCUGCGGAGAGUAAGAAAGAGGCACUGCGAAAUUUUAUGAAGAAACAUGACACACACAUUCGUUAGUGCCAGUUUGCUGUAACUCCAAGUGAAUUUGGAGGAGUGACUGCAAUGGCAAAUGUGUUCGCAAGAAAAUGUCUACGAAUUGUUGUUGCUGCACUCUGCCAGACGAUUGGUUGGAGGAAGAUAAAACCAACAUCUAUGGAAGUACUGAUUGAUCUUCUAGAACAUUAUAUCAAAAGCCUUGGUAAGGGAGCUCACGAGUAUGCUGAACAACGUGGUUCAACAGUUCCAGUUCUUGAAGAUCUUGCUCUUGCUCUUAGUGAUGCAGGAGUUACUAUCCCCCCUCUAGAGGAGUAUAUUCAUGAAGUUGGCCAAGUUCCGUGGCCUGAGAACAGUGGCACUACCUCUUCUGGUGCAGUUCCAGUCUUCCCAGUGCAAGUGCCUUCCCGCCGUAAUGGAGUGGAACAGCAUCUUCAGUUCUUCGACAGUUGGGCUGAAUCAGAAGAUGAAUGCUGUAGCCAUCUGGUACCACCCACACAGCAUACAGAUUCAAAUGUUGGUAUAUAUCCAUCUGAAGUUUCAGUUGAUGUCACAGGAGGAUCUUGUAAGGCUGAGGAUAUAUCCAGAUCAACAGACAGUAUACCUCAAGCAUCACAAGCCUCAGUGGUGGCGAUGACAGAAUGUGGUAUCCUCUCAGCAUCACGUGAUGGUAGACAGCCAUCUGCUCGCAGGCCAACUACACCACCUCGAUAUUCGCCUUCUCCUGACAGACAGCGUGCUUUGAGUGGCUUCCAUACAAAGAAGGAAAAGAAAAAAAUUAAAGGGAAGGAGAACACAGGAGUUAGUAAAACAAAAAUCAAAACUGUUUUAGGGAUGGGUAAGGUAAGACCUCCACCUGAAUGUUCCUCUGGACAAAGCAUUGACUCAGCUUUUACUUCAAGAUUUUGUGACAAAACACAGCCAUUCAAUUCACAAAAAUACAUUAAUUCUAAGGGGAAUCCAUUGAAUUCUAUGACUUCAAAGGAUAUUCUGCAACAUUCUCAUCAUGUGGAUAAAAAAUCCUUAACCCUUGCAUCAUCAAAAGAGAGAAAUCCUAAGCCAUUACAAUUACCUGGUGCAAAGCAUAUUUCAACGGACAAUAAAUUGGCAUUGAAGCACAAUAUGCAAACUGUGCCUGGUGCUACAUCUUAUAAAGAUAGUCCUGAUUUUGGACCAGACACAACUGUUAAUAAUCUACUACCUCAGUGUAAAAAAUUAGGGGAUAAACCAAAGUCUGAACCACUUGAGAGUUCGCAGUGGAGCAGUGUUCCUAUUAAAAAAGAACCCAUGGAUGUAAACCCUGUAACAAGUGAUCAAACUUCAUCUACUCUUAAUUCAAAUAAUUUAAUGCCACAAAAGUCACAAAUUAAGACUGAAAUUACAAUUAAUAAUAAGGAAGGAAAGAGCUCAUUAGAUGAUGGAAGUCUCACAUGCACUCCAAAAGAAAGUGUUAAACCUUUGUUAUUGACAGAUCCCCAAACAGUAAAGACUGUAGAUAAGUCUGAGCCUAUCAAUCACCAAAGGAACAGUCCAAAGUGUGUAGUUGGUAAUUCUGCUGAAACUCAGUCAAGUGUUGAUCCUAUUGAGAAUAAGCAACCAAAAAUUACUAAGUUCACAGAUACUGCUGUUACACCAUCUUCGACAUAUAAAAGCAAUAGCUUAGCUACAAUUGUGGAUAUGAAUAUCAACGAGAGAAAUAAACCUGUAUCGAAGGAAAGAACUUCCCAUCUUCCUGUGCCAGCUGAUAAAUUAAGAGAAAAGCAAGAUAAAAAGACUGAAACUGCAACACCGUCAAAAAAGCUGCUUAAUUCCUCUGCAAAAUCGUCCACAAAAGAAGCAUGCACAAGCAAUAAAGGGAACCUUUCGAGUAAAAAAGUGAAACAUGCUGGAUCAUUUACUAAACUCCCCCAGAAAACAGGCAGCCAAUGGGAUGCUACUUUAGAUAAUCUAUUUGCUCCAGACAUUGUCCAAAAGAAGAAAAAGUGUGACAUUGUCAAGGACAAAGAUCAUAAAUCAAACACUACCAAGGGAACAGAUCUCAUACGUGCACAGAAGGUGCCUCCAGUUACAAAUGAAGUACAGAAGCUGCACAGUGAUAAAGGAAUCUCCCAGCCCCCAGUUGUGAGUAAAGUUGUGGGAAAUGAUACAACAAAACCCAACAAAACAAGUAGGGUAAUGACACCUGUGAAUAUGGACAUUAAAGGAAAGGAAAAAGAGUGUGUUUCAAGUAAGACAACAUCUUCUGCUACAACAGAAGAGUCAUUGUCAAAGCACUCCCAUAAAAGGGUGAAAGAAGAAAUAUCUAGUUCAACUAAUAUGCCCACUUGGCGUGUAAGGGCAGCUCUCAUUUAUAGCAGUAGCAGUGACUCGGAAAUUGAUGUGGUGAAACCAGCUAAAGCUUUAUUUGGAACACCAUCAGCUGUAAGAAUCACAGAAACACCGAAAACACCACGUACUCCAGAUGUUCCUACAGGAAUCUCUGUACAUUCUAGAUGUAAAAAAGUUAUAAGUGAUGCCCAAGAGGUACAGCUUGGCUUAGAUUUAGGCACUCCCCCACCUGCAAGACCACCAACACCGGGUAAAGCGACACCUCCUGUUGUUGAAAUAAGCAGAGAGAAGCACAAACAUAAGAAAAAGAAAAAGAAGCAUGAAAAGAAACAUAGCCCAAAGAAAGAAAAGGUACAGUUUGAUGGAGAUAAGGUUCACUCAAAAAGUGAUCUAGUGGCUGCAGAAGGUCUGAUGCAGUUGACAUCACUCUCAGGUGAUAAACGGUCUGGUGGUCUGUCCCACAAAGAAACUGUUUCUGGUGCGAAGAGAAAACACAAACAUUCAGCACUGACAGAACACUCCAAAAAGCGCCAUGGGUUGUCAGCAUCAUUACCUGUGGCAGCGUCUUCACCUGUUGUUAUUCCUUCUGUCUCGCAACAACCCUCGCUUCCCAAAGUUCAAGUACCAGUGAAUGGUCUUCCUGUAACUAUUUCAGAUGAUGGUCCUGUUGGAUUCUAUUUUGAUGAAUCUGGCAACCGUGUUUGGGUGUGCCCUUCAUGUGGUGGACAAGAUGAUGGUAGCCCAAUGAUACGCUGCGAUGACUGCUAUGCAUGGUACCACUGGGCAUGUGUAGGAAUUGACUCUGCACCAGAUGAAAAUGUUGAUUGGUUUUGCUCAUACUGCUUUUCCAAAAAUGAUAGGCAGAUGAAGAAACAUAAAAGUUCUUCAGUCCACCGUAAAAAAUCUCAUAGCAAAUCUUCGAAAAAAUGAUAUACUCAUGUACCUGAAGAAAUUGUAUUAACAGUUUUGAAGGGUUUAAGGUCAAGUCUUUUGCUUACAUGUUAAAUGCAAAUUCUGUUUUUUUAAUGAUGUGGGUGAAACGGAUACAUAUAUAUCAUCUGUGGAGUAGAAAGGUGAGUUGUGAAAGUUGUUUUCAAAUCAUUUGAAAAAUUGAUUUCAUUUUGUUAAAAGCUGUAGUAAUGCAUCCUUUUGACAUAUUAUUUCUGGCUACUUGAAUUGUGUGUUUUUUUUCUGUUGCCACUGUGAUAUUCCUUCCAGUCCAUCUGUAUUAUUAGUACAAAACCUGUAAGUCAUUGCUAUGAAGAAAGUAUUUUUGUGAGUGCAGUAAUUGUAGAAUUUACAAAAGACUGAACCUUUUAAAAGUUGCAGAUUGUUUAUCCAUCAUUUUACAGCUUUGAUGGUUUUUUUGUCUGCAUACUUCAUAAUUACCUAAAUGUUGUACAGUGGUUAUUGGUUUGUAACUUUGACUGAUACUGCUAGAUGUGCCUCUAAGGACAACAUAAAACUAAAACAGAGCACUAAUUCAGUUAUUCGAUGUAUUAGAAUGAUGAUUAUUUUCCUGUGCAUGUUAUGCACCAAAGAAUUUUGUACUGUUACCUAUGAAAGCAAGCUUUAAAGAUAAAACUUCCUCUGAUAAGACUGUAUUUUUAUAUGUUUCCAUUGUCAUUUGCUAUAAUGGUUUAAUUUGUGUAUGUGUUAAUGAAAUGUGUUUGUAAUCCAUGCCAAAAUGUUUUGUAAUUAGAAAGUGUGUGAAAAAUCUUGCUUAUGUUAAGAAAUAAACUGUUAUAUUUGUGUUUUAAUUGUUAUUUGUAGUUGUACUGUGAUAAAAAGUGGAUAUUGUUAAAUGUCAGAGGAAAGUUAUGUUUUCGUACCAUAUUUGUUGAAUGUUUUGGUACAUUGUUACAGAAAAUAUAGAAAGUAUUGUUCAGAUAUAUUCAGCAAUAAGGUAAUAAAUAUAACUUUAGUCUUAAUGUUCUGUAAGAUAAAGUCAUUAUGUGGCAUAAAAAUAUGCUGGUACUUGCAUACUUUAUAAUUAAUUUGUGUAUAUCCAGAGAUUUAUUUAUUUAUAUCCUACAACAUGGUAACACAUUACAUUUGGGUUGAUUAAGGUCCCAGAAUAAUUCUUUUUAAGAAACCUAAAAUGAACAAAAAAUGUUUCUUUGAGAACCCCUAAAAACUGGAAAGUAAACAAGAACGUCCUGGUAACGAUUCCAAUUUCAGCCAUAUUCUCUCUCUCUCUCUCUCUCUCUCUCUCUCUCUCUCUCUCUCUAAACAAGAACGUCCUGGUAACGAUUCCAAUUUCAGCCAUAUUUUCUCUCUCUCUUCCUCUCUCUCUCUCUCUCUCUCUCUCUCUCUCUCU